CAAUAGUUUUCACGAAGGAUUUAUUUACUGGUCGCCUAGACUGCAGCGGAAUGUAUUUCAAAUCUUGUGCAUUUAAUACUCCAUUGUAAUUAGUCCUAUCUAAUGUUAAUUAUUGUUACUUUAGGGAUUAUUUUAUUCUGAAUAUCAAUAAAACCUGUUGUUACAAAUGGCGUCGCGAGCAGGAUUCAGAUGUUUGACAACCCCUGGCGGUAGCAAGAGGAACUAAACUGUGAGUACAGCAUUGUUUAUUUACUCGAGGAUAAGUUAUGUCUGCUGAGGAGCAAUUGGAGAUUUUAAAGAAGGAGUUGGAGGCUUUAAAAUUACGCUGUGUCUAUAUGGCCGCUGCUUUCCUGGUAGAACAUCUGGGGGGCAAUGCACGACGGGAAGUCUUAGGGAGGGGAGAGGCCGUGAGUUCAGACCCCUCAAAGAUCUUUGCCGUGCUGAUCAGAGUGUUUGGGGAUGGGGACAGUCUCCCCCACCAACAGCAACAGUUCUAUAGCUACAGGCAAAGGGAAUGGGAGGACCUAGUCUCGUGCUUUCUUGCUCUAGUAAAGAUUUUUGAUAGAAUGGUGCAGCUUGACCCCUCGUUCCUCCCGGGACGGGAUACCCAGUUGAAGAACAGACUCGCAGAGGCCGUGAACGAUGAGAGUUUGAGAACUGAACUACGCCGACUGAACACAGAGCACCCUGAGUUACCCUUUUUUGACGCUCGUGACCGUGUCAUGAAACUGAUUAAACACGACAGGCUGGUGAAGGAGGCUGUGGUGCGUGAAGCAUCAGCGGAGAAGGAGCUAAAACAGAUUGUUCAACAGCAGGCUGCCCAGAUUGCCACCCAGCAAAGCCAAAUUGAGUCUCUUAUUGCAGCCAUGAGUGGUUCCGAGCCAAAACAAAGCCAAAGAAAGCAGAGAAAGUGUUGGUUGUGUGAUGCUACUGACCAUUUGAAGAAAGACUGCCCUAAAAACAGUGUGGAGACACCAUCUACAUCUAAACAGGGCACCUACAAGCCAAAUUUAAACUGCUAGAGCCCAC